AUGUCAUCAUUGAUUCUUUCCCGAUCAUCGCUGCUUUUUGGUAUAGAAAGAGCUGGUGCUCUACUGGAUGCAGCUAUAUCACUGGCACUGACGGCGAGGCAGUUUGGUUGGAAUCGUCCGAAAUUUGUUGAUGAGCCUAUCAUCGACGCUGUUCGCGUUGUUCAUCCAUUAUCUCAGCUUGUUACAGAACACUUCGUUCCGAACCCAAUUAGGUUGUUCCUUGUUUCACUCGAAGAAUUUGAAGACCCUUCUUGUAGCUCUGGAGGUGAUUAUUCGAAAAUUAAGAUCUUCACUGGGCCAAACGCAUGUGGUAAAAGUGUCUACCUCAAACAGGUCGGCGUCCUUGUUUUUCUGGCUCAUAUCGGUAGCUUUGUACCAGCCGAAGUUGCCCAUAUCGGUAUAGUCAACCGCAUAUUGUCAAGAAUCUAUACCAUCGAUGCCGCCCUUGAUGGCCUGAGCACAUUUGCAAAAGAUUUGGAUCAAACGAUGGAAGUAAUGAAAAAAGGAGUCGAGCUCAAUUUCCAGUAUCACUUGGUCGAUGGUUUGGUUGACUCGUCGUAUGCAGCGUAUACGGCGUCUAAAAUGGGUGUAGCACAAGACGUUGUGGACCGCGCAAACAAGAUCUAUGAGUUUAUCCGUGGGGGUCACGCUUUGUCCGACAUGACUAGCCUGGAUACUGGUGAAGAUGUCAGGAAUCAGUGGUUGUUGGAUGCAAUGGUGGAGCUACAGCCUCAGUUUGAAGAAUGGGACAUACGUGCAGAUGUGGACAGCUUGCUAGAAAUGCUUGAAAAGUACAUUUUUGAAGCAGAUGAAAAAAUUCAGCAGGACAUGUCUCAGGAAAGCGACUCCACAAGCGAUGGACAGCGUAUGGAAAAUGAGGUAGCUAGAGCUACAGAGGAUGAUGAAGAAGGUGAUGCAGACAGUCAACUGGACAAGGAAGAAGUGGAACAAUCAACAGUUUCUGAAGAUGAGAACAUCAAAUCGCACCAAGAUGCAGACGGCACCAUUCCUGACAUGCCUCCCAGUGCAAUGUGCAAUAAAAGUAAAAGUAAGGACAAAAGUAAUCUCUCCGUCUCUUUCGCUUUGGAUAUGGUUGAAACUGGAGCAGCAGCGGCUCCAACAACCGUGGCUUCGGACUCGGAAAAUGUGGAGGAUAUAAAGCGGUAA